CCUAUUUAUUCGUUUCCGGUCGUUUCAACACCCGCGCCGCCUGAGAAGUAAAUAACCUCUGAACCGCUUCUCCACGCUGAGAGCUCUUUGUUCGUCUUCGGCAUCACUUCCCGGCUCCUGCACCACGAUGUCGGACAAGAUGAACAUGUCUCUGGAUGACAUUAUCAAGAUGAACAGGAAAGGAGGCAGCGGCCGCGGCGGAGGAUCAUCAGGGCCCGGUGCGGGUUCAGGUCGGGCCGGGGGAUCGUCGAGGCCAACGCGGGGUCGACAGAACAACUUCAACCGGGAGAGAAACAACAGGCCCGCACCGUACACCCGGCCCAGAGAGUUACCAGACAAAUGGCAGCAUGACAUGUUUGAGGAUCAUGUCGGUGGACGCAGGGGACCGAGCGCAGUACCUGAAAGAAGUGUAGAGAGUAACGGCAAACUGCUGGUCUCCAAUCUUGAAUUUGGUGUCUCCGACUCAGAUAUCAAGGAGCUGUUUGCAGAGUUUGGUCCAUUACAGAAAACAUCUGUUCACUAUGAUCGGUCUGGCCGCAGUAAAGGAACGGCAGAUGUUCACUUUGAAAAUAAGGCAGAUGCACAAAAAGCCAUGAAGCACUACAAUGGUGUCCCACUUGAUGGCCGUCCCAUGAAAAUCCAGCAAGUGACGUCAGAGGUCGAUGAACAUAGACCGUCAACACAAAGUUCAAACAGAGGUUUUGACCGGAGCAGACUUGGUCAACCCAAGUUUGAAAGGAGGGACCGAGGCGAAAAGAGGCAAAGUGGCGGAGGAGGUGGCGGAGGAGGAGGAGGUGGUGGUGGUGGAGGUGGAGGCGGCGGCGGCGGAGGUUUCCGAGGACGUGGAAGAGGAGGUGGAAACAGAGCCCCCCAGCUUUCUGCAGAGGAGUUGGAUGCCCAGUUGGAUGCAUACAAUGCCAAGUUUCAGAUGGACACCAGUUAGAAGAACGGAGGAUGCUGUUGUCGUUCAAUUUUUAAAACAACAUUUUGGACAUUAUAAACAAUCAGGUUAAUGUGAUAUGGUGGAUUGGACAUUUUAUGCAGCCGUUUUAUUGUAUGGACUUUGGAUUAUUUUGACUUUUUUGUAGCAGUUUGUCUGGGAGCAGGUUUUUUUGAUUAUUUUUCUCUUAGGCCAUCAGCUCAUGUGCCCUUUUCUUAACGUUUGGACAAUUACCUUAAACCUGCAACAUGAUGUAUUUUUUUAAACUUAUCAUAUAAAUCAGAUUCAGUGGUUUGAUUUGCUGUUCAAUGUACUGUUAAAUUUGCUAAUGAACAUCAGCUCAGUCACUUGGUACUGUAUACUCAUCAUGUUAAAUGUAUUUCAAAGGGUUUUGUAUAUAAAUACAUUAUUGAAA